GUGCGUUUUAGAAUGAUUACUGGUAGCCAGCGGAGAAACAGAUUAUACGGCUCCACACAACUGUUGUUUUAAUCCCCUGAGCGAGGAGAUUUAGCAAGAAAAAACACUGGCUUCAAAUCCAGCAGCCAUAUUGUAUGGAAAAGCGACGGAAAGACUCCUGUUUUCAGAAAAAAGUCGUUUUCUCAGGCACAUCUGUCAAGACUUUUGGGGAGUUUAAUUUUCUGCCUUACUGGCGGUGGGUCUCUGUUGCACAGCUAGCUUGGCAGCUGGCUGAGAAAUUGGGAGAUUGGGACUAGUUUUUUUUUUUUUUUUUUUUUUUUAAACCUUUUUGCACAAUAUUGUGUUUAUUUCUUAAUUUUAAUACUGUGAAGCUAACCGCCUAAAAAUGAAGGACCGAUUGGAGCAGCUUAAAGCGGUGUGUGAUCAAGAUGAUGAUGACGUGGAGAUUGCUGUGGACAACGCAGGCUUCAUGGAUGAGUUCUUUUCGGAGAUCGAGGCAAUCAGAAACAAUAUUGAUAAAAUCGAUGAGAACGUGACAGAAGUGAAAAAGCUUUACUCUGUCAUCUUGUCUGCUCCCACAUCAGAUCAGAAAACACAGGAGGAUUUGGAGGCGAUCACCAAUGACAUAAAGAAGUUGGCCAACGGUGCAAGGAACAAACUCAAGACCAUUGAGAGAAAUCUGGAGUCGGAAGAGCAGGAGAGGGUGUCGGCUGACACGCGGAUACGUAAAUCACAGCAUGCAGUGCUGUCUAGGAAGUUUGUGGAGGUGAUGACAAAGUAUAAUGAAGCUCAGGUGGAUUUCCGGGAGAGGAGUAAAGGACGUAUUCAGAGACAGCUCGAGAUCACUGGAAAAGCAACUACGGAUGAAGAACUAGAGGAGAUGUUGGAGGGUGGUAAUGCUGCUGUGUUCACUGCAGGGAUUAUAGACUCGGGGAUCUCCAAACAAGCCCUGAAUGAGAUUGAAGCCAGACACAAAGACAUCGUCCGUCUGGAGAGUAGUAUUAAGGAGCUGCACGAUAUGUUUGUAGACAUCGCCAUGCUGGUCGAGAGCCAGGGUGACUUGGUAGAAAACAUAGAGCAGAAUAUAGCCAAGUCGGUGGACCACAUAGAAGCAGCAAAGGAACAGACCAAAAAAGCUGUAAGGUAUCAGACCAAAGCACGCAAGAAACUGGUGAUAAUAAUUGUGAUUGUGGUGAUCUUGGUGAUCAUAGUGGCUCUGGCAAUCGGGUUGUCAGUGGGAUUAAAGAAAUGAUGAUGAGUUAUUUGAGUAAGAGAAGCGCUAAGGAAGAUCAUCAUUAUUUCUGUGGUCUGUGCCGUGGUUCUUCUCAUUAUCCUCAUCAUCAUCCUCACCCAGACACUAUAGGGCUGAUCGCUGCCAUCAUCUCAUCAUCUGUGUAUUCAACAUCCUCACCGUUAGUCAUCAGCCUGCCUGCAGAAGGAAAAACUGAUCCUGAUCACUCCAUAUGGGCAUAAGAAUAUUAAAGUGCAGAUAUUUUCAAUCGAAUAAAACACACUGAGGUCUCCCUCACUUUUGGACAAUUGAGGAUGCUCUGCUGCAAAAGAGGAAACAAGACCAAAGCUGACAUAUGAGGUACAUUGUCUAUUGUACCUCUGUGAAGGCGAAAAGGGAAUUGGGAAAUAAAACAUCACUUCAGUGUCACUAAACAUUUCACUGUUCAACAUUUGCUGCCAAAGAAUCAGCUGGGAAGCAUUUGUCAUCUGAAAGCUUUCAGAAGCACAUAAACUCCCUGAUUUUUUUUUUUUUUUUUUUUUUUUUUUUUUUGGAGCAUUGACAUGAUUUUAUGAUUGAAAAUCUCCCCAGUGAAUUUUCACUGCUGUGGGAUUUCUUUGUUGUUGUUGUUGUUGUUGUUGUUGUUGUUGUUAGGAUUUGGGGAGUUCCAGCACUUUAACAUUUCCAAAUGCAUAACUCAGAUAUCUGUAAUUAUCACUGGUUGUUUAAAAAAACAAAACAAAAACAAAUGUGAAGGAUUGCACUUAUGGGAACACAUUUCAUGAACUUACAGGCGCGUGUGAUGAGCUGAAAUUUGAUCCUUUUCACAACCCAAACCAAAGCUUUUACAUGUAUAGACACAGUUACUCCUCCUGUUAAAGUGCUGUAGAAAUAUUUCAAUGCCAAAGGAUUUUUAGAGAGUCUAGUAGUAACACUAGUGGUUUGUUUCCCAUAAGUGCCAGAAUAGUCUUUUUGUAUUUAUUGUACUAUUCUAAGACAUGUUGCUUAUGUUGUCACAUACAAAUGGGCACUCUGUAAAGUAUCCUUGGCUAGUCUUGUCUUACUACUGGGAAAUGCCUUAACAGGCAUAUUUUAGGUUUUACUACUGAGUUGCCAGUUUUAGACACAGCCCUGCAGUACAUCUGAUGUUUGCGAAGGUGAUAAUGUUCAGUUUUUGUUUACACAGCCUUAGAGAUGUAAUGGUUUGACGUUUUUAAACAUCGCGGAGGCUGUAUGUGUGCUGCUCUUUACUUCAUAGGUGUGUCUAAUAUUUAGACUGUCCUCAUUAGUGAAUGUGGGGGGUGGGGACAAUAUUACAAACACCUCUUACUGUAACCAGUUCAUCCGCACCACAAAGUACGUCCUCCAAAAAGCCCAACGAGUCUUAAUGAACAAUUUAAACUAAAAUGAACAUUAUACCUCCUUUUUUUUAAUUUAAAGAAGUCAUUUUAAUGUAAAUAGAAAACUUGUAUUUUCAAAAAAAGACAAAAGCAUGAAUGCACAAGACGACAGGAUUUUUGCAGGGCUGUGUAUUAGAUCACAUUAGCUUAAGCAACGUGUACCUCCCUGUUGAAUUCAGUAAUGGUUGUCUGUCAUCAUUUCAUUCAUUUCAUUUCAUGUUGAGGUAAAGACAAUCUUUGGAACUGACAGUUUACCAAACCAAAGUGCACUGGUUGUCAUUUAGUGGCUUUAACAGGGUAAUUAAAGCACGUGAUUCCAGCCGUACACAAAAACAAUACCAACCAGUCAUGAGGAGAAGCCCUGACAUAAGGGGGUAGGCCGAUUUCAGUAAAACAAUGUUGCAAUUUAAGCAUGAAUUACAUUUUAAACUGUGGUUUUGUAUGAAGCACUUGAAAUUGAGAAUCCCGGAGCAUCAUCAUCAUUUAGGGGCACAAUCUAUUUUAUUUGAGCCGUUGGGACAGACUGGAACAUAAGAGAAAAUUGAAGCUUUUUUACCUGUGUAAAUGUCAAUGAUUUUAUCAGAAAUUAAAGAUUUUAUGUGUUAAAUUACCCAGUGUUUAUUUGUCGUGUUUGACUUGCAGAAAUGGAAUUAUCUAACUGAAUUUGACUGCUCGUUGCAAAGUGGUGUAUGUGUGUUUUAUUGGAGUGUAGUAGCUGCUGUCAGCAUGUUAACCACAGUGUUGCAAAGUACAGCUUUUAAAGCCUGGUGCACACGUGUCAAAAAAGGGGGGUAAGUUGUUUCACCUUUCCUGUCUCUUUACACACACAGUUGCACACAAACCUCUAUGACCCUUUGUUCUGCUUUUGCUCAAUUGUUUCCUCAAACCAGUGUCGAUCAAUGUUGAUAAUUGCGUUGGCUUGCAAAGUAAAGCCCGAUUCCUCUCUUUGUUGUCUGACUGUGCGUUUCUGAUUGCAUCUUCAGAAAAAGAUGAUGAUUACAUUGUGCUGUGCCAUCAUUGGGAUCGUUGGGUUCUCCUAUCUCUACAGCUUCUUCUCAUAAAAAAUGUUCUACACAGGUAAAAAAACACCUGCAUCAGCCUUUCAGUGCUAUUGUUUAUGCGGACUCUCUGAAUGCUUAAAGACUGCAUUUCUUUUGUCUCUGUGUGGUUUUUCUAGGCACGAAGGAUUUCUCCAAAAUUAGGAAUAUUUCCUUGAUGCUCCUUGACCCCACCCCCCACCCCCUUAUUUAUAUACAAUAAAAUAUUUAAAAACAAAAAACCACAUUCGUCCCGUUCACUUUCCCUUUUAUUAUUAAUUGAAAUGUAAACCAUUUUCUUGCUGUAUGAAGUGUUUGAAAUGUAUUGUGUGUAGAUGUCUCAGCCUGACUGUUCACAGCCAGGUGACUUGACAUGUGAUUUGUAAUCGUAUACUCUAGCGCCUCCUGGUGGUGCAUCAAGGGAAAACCCCAUAUUUAGAGAAAUUAUCAAUUUCAGGAGAAAAUAGAACUUCGGAAGACAACAUUUUAAUCAUUUUCUUUUCUUUCUUUUUUUUUUUAUCUAUAUAUUCGAUUAUUUUACUGUCUCGGUUCCAAAAUGAUCUGUUCCAAAGUGUCCAGUUUAGUGGUAUUUUCUGGCCUGUUUGUCAUAAUUAUGGUUAAAAAUGUGCGUGACUUUGUUGUGUGUGAGAUCUGUCUGAUGUGGUUUUCCGUAACAGCGGCUGUCAGUCUCUCACUGGCUGUGUGUUGUCUCAGUAAAGCCUGUUAUGUAAUAAAAUUUCUGUGCGUUACACCGA